CUUCCAGCAUUUUACUCAGUCUUGAAUUUCAGCAUUUUAGUUCCUCUUGAAUAUGUGCAUUUCAGCAUUUUCGUUCCACUUGAAUGUAUGCAUUUCAAAAGAAAGCAUUGCAAAGAGCCGAAGAGAUUUUGCACUGAACGGUAAUCAUCACGUAAAGUUUGCGAUCUUCCGUUUGUAUCGACAUCUUGAAAUGUGCACGACCACUUGUUUCAUGAAGAUAAGUACUUGAUGACGAUUUGAUUUCAACAAACACACAUCAAGCAUCCCCGAAUACUUCCGUUUCGUAACAAUUAAUUGACGAAUAUGUUUAUUUCAUUCAAUUAGUAUUCUAAUUAAAGAUCGUACAUUCUAAACGAAAACGUAUGAUGUUAACAGGGGCAAAGCGAUUCUUACCGCCGCUCACGAGCAUAUAAUGGGAACGUUUCGCUUAUCAACCGGUUUAUCUCGAAGGGCCAUCUACGUGAGGUCUUUGUUAGACAUUCAAACCUGACGUUUGGUGUCCGCAUUUAUUGGAAACAAUCAAGAAAUGGUUGGCUCUCGACGCAUCAAGUCGCGUGCUCUUACGGCGUGUUUUUUAUUUUCCAUUAUUUUUCUGUUUUAUUUUAUAAGAAGCUCACACAUUUUGCUUCGCAUGAUCCCGGAUCAUGAUGCAACUCCUGGGACGUCAAUGCCGAGGUCUUUGACGAACAAUGUUGAAGUCGACCUGAUCGUGGUUGAGGAACAUCAUGAAGUUAUGGAAUAUUGGUUCGAUGCGGCAAAGAAGGGAAUAAUACCACAGACAGGAAAUAUUUUGCUUCACGUUGACGCCCACAGCGACAUGGCUCCACCUGAGAUGAACGAUAGUUAUCCUUUAUUCAGACGACCCAUAAAUCAACGCGAGCUUAAGGCGAUGAUGCAAAGUAACGACAUGUUUAUACAGGCAGCGGCCAUGACAGGAUUAUUUCAAAAAAUCAUCUGGGUUUGGCCAUCAUGGGACGAAGGUGAGCACCGCUCGUACGACAAAAUGGUAAAAUUUGGUCUCGGACUCACGGUUUCCCCAAUAGACGGCGUAGAAUAUUUCUGCGCAUGUGUGUACGAAGGACGCGACGUAUCGCUUUGCAAGUUCACGAAUCGCACGAUGUUUGACGCACAUGGAAAUUAUAACGGUAGCAAAAUCGAUCCCAAGCUUUGCAAAGUCAAGGUUGAAAUCGAUGUGGUAGAGAUUGCCGAUUACCUGGCUUUGAAUAAGCUGAUCGAUGGAACUCUUAUCCGCGAAGAUCCACCUCUCCGGAGUAAACCGGCUGAUAGGGUGACAUUAAAAGCUUGUGAACAUGAAAAAUUACGAGAAGCGAAGUCGCAACUUAAUUCAAAAAAGAAAGCAUCAAAAAACAUACAGUUUUGGAAUAUUGGUUCGAUGCGGCAAAGAACGGAAUAAUACCGAAGACAGGAAAUAUUUUGGUAAGGUAAUUUGAUUACAUAUCAAUGAAAGACCAAUUAAUAAUGUUCAUGUUUGAAAACAUUGUCCAAUCACAGCAUGGUCAUUUGGCUUUGCUAUAGACUAAUCUAUUUUUCGAGUUAGCUAAACUUAUAAAGUUUUCGAAUUUCUGUUCAUGAAGUGUUUUACAGUUAGCACGCUGCUGUGCUUCCAAAAAAAGAAUUAUUUUUGAUUGAAUAAAUAUUAGUGCCUAGUACAUUGCUUAUAAAAAGGUCAUGACACGUUAGGAAAAGGUUUAUUAGACAAUGCUGAUGCUAUAUACAAUGUAUAUAAAUAAGAAUAACAUAUAUUAAAAUGUGAUCUGUGUAUGUCUACAUAUCUGGAACGAUAACAAAAUUACCCGAUUGCUAGGAAUAGAUUCAAAAUUGAAGUCUAACUUCAAGUCUCUCGCGCGGUUUGCACGUCAGUUCAGUUCGGUUCCAUUCCUCUGAAUCGAAACCCUUGAACGUCCAUUAUGAAUUUUAAUGCUUUUGGGAAAACAGAACCACGUCAACGACGAGGAAUGAUGGUGACAACCAUUUUUUGCCUUCAGUUUUUGUCAUCGUUUAUCGUUACAGAUAUUUUAAUAUCAAGUUCAGAGUGAUACAAUGCUUACCUCUGUUACUUGUGUUAACUCAGUGUUUACCAGUGUUUACUCAGUGUUUAACAGUGUUUAUCUCUGUUAGGCACAAAAUACUGACGUAUAAUAAUAGCAACACAGGUUAUUACUCUGAUGUUGUCUGUAGCUUCACAUCGACGCUCAUAGCGACAUGGCUCCACCUGAGAUGAACGAUCGUUAUCCUUUAUUCAGACGACCCAUAAAUCAACGCGAGCUUAAGCGAUGAUGCAAAGUAACGACAUGUUUAUACAGGCAGCAGCCAUGACAGGUUUAUUUCAAAAGAUCAUCUGGGUGGCCAUCAUGGGACGAUAGUAAGCAUUACUCUGACCACAAUAUGGUAAAACUUGGCCUCGGAUUGACGGUUUACCUAAUAGACGGCGUACGAUAUUUCUGCGUAUGUGUGUACGACGAAUUGGAAUGCAGAUUCAUUAAUCGCACGAUGUUUCUGAUUACGGAAGGAUUAUAAUGGUAACAGAAUUGACUCCAAGAUUUGCAAAGUCAUGGUUGAAAUCGAUGUGGUAGAGAUUGCUGAUUACCUGGCUUUGAAUAAGCUGAUCGAUGGAACUCUUAUCCGCGAAGUCUGUGCUUCUUGAUAUAGACGAAGAUUAUUUCGGCGUUGUACUUCGGGGUCAUACUCUUCUCGAUGUUGGAAUAUCAUGGAGUACUGUGGACGAAAUCGAUGAGAUAUUGAGUGAGAUGUUUUGCCCGGAUGUUAUCGCUCAUGAAGGUGUGUCGAAUCACUUCAUGCAACUUCUUUUAAGUUUAUUAAUUAAACAUUGUAAGUCCAAUGAAACUGAUUCGGUGGAAUGUGCGAUACCAGAUACGCCACAGAACAAGCAGUUUUCGGCCGCAGUGAGUCGCAUCAUAAAACGAUAUCUCGGUAAAGACAUAUUUUGCGGAGCGGAAGGUAACGAUUUUCAAAAACGCUUCGAAUUACUCAUCGAACUUUUCUUGUCGUUGAAUGUCCAGCAGUUACGCACAUGCGCAGAGAUGGGCUUCUGCAUGCAAACUUCACCACGUUCUUUAAGUGUGAAUGGGUUUUCGUUGUGCCAUGGUGCCAACCCACCAAACUCGACCAUUGUAACCCAACGCACACCUAGUAAAAGCGAGUUGAUUUUGCGUUUAAAGCGUCUGCGUCGGAUGCUGCACAAAGAUAGAUACCCGAAUCCCGGUAUGGUGACUGUAUGCCGGUCGGUACGAGAUGGUCACACUUACGUGAAUUAUUUUGAAGACAUCGAGAAACGUUUGUUUAAAAUAAUCGUAAGUAAUCGACAUGACGUGAAAUUCAAGGUUAUUUACGAUGUUAAUUUAUUGGGGGUAAAGGUGGUUGGUCAAAAAGGCAUAAGACCCAAACGUAUUUGCAGGUUUCUUUUCUUAUAUACUCUAUGAGGCAUAAUUUACUAAACUGCGGUGUUUCAUCAUGAAUGUUCUGUAGAGGGGACAUGACACGAUUAUUGUUAAUUUUUCUCUUUAAAAAGAACGCAAAUAUCACUCCUUUCAAAGAAACUGAGAUGCAAAAGUA